AUGGCGGAGCAAGCAAAAUUCUCUUGUUCCAUCUGUCUGGAUCUACUGAAGGAUCCGGUAACUAUUCCCUGUGGACACAGCUACUGCAUGAACUGUAUUAAAUCACACUGGGAUGGAGAGGACGAGAAGGAGAUCUACAGCUGUCCUCAGUGCAGGGAGACCUUCACACCGAGGCCUGUCCUGGUGAAAAACACCAUGUUAGCAGAUUUAAUGGAGGAGCUAAAGAAGAGCGGACUCCCAGCUGCUCCUGCUGAUCACUGCUAUGCUGGACCUGAUGAUGUGGCCUGUGAUGUCUGCAGCGGGAGAAAACUGAAAGCCACCAAGUCCUGUCUCAUCUGUCUGGUGUCUUACUGUGAUGAACACCUCCAGCCUCAUUAUCAAUCCUCUGCCUUUGAGAAACACAAGCUAAUGGAGCCCUCCAAGAAGCUGCAGGAGAACAUCUGCUCUCAGCAUGAUGAGGUGAUGAAGAUGUUCUGCCGGACUGAUCAGCAGUCUAUCUGUUAUCUCUGCUCUGUGGACCAACAUAAAGACCACGACACAGUGUCAGCUGCAGCAGAAAGGAGCGAGAGGCAGAAAGAGCUGGAGGUGAGUCAACUAAACAUCCAGCAGAGAAUCCAGGACAGACAGAAAGAUGUGAAGCUGCUUCAACAGGAACUGGAAGCUAUUAAUCGCUCUGCUGAUAAAACAGUGGAGGACACUGAGAAGAUGUUCACUGAGCUGAUCCGUCUGAUGGAGAAAAGAAGCUCUGAGGUGACGCAGCAGGUCAGAUCCCAGCAGGAAACGGAGGUGAGUCGAGUCAAAGAGCUUCAGGAGAAGCUGCAGCAGGAGAUCACUGAGCUGAAGAGGAAAGAGGCUGAACUGAAGAAAUUCUCACACACAGAGGAUCAUAACCAGUUUCUACAAAACUUCCCCUCAGUGUCAGCACUCAGUGAAUCCACAGACUCACCUAGCAUCAAUAUCCGUCCUCUGCGCUACUUUGAGGAUGUGACAGCAGCUGUGUCAGAAGUCAGAGACAAACUACAGGACGUCCUGAGAGAGAAAUGGAGAAAGGUCUUACUGACAGUGACAGAAGUGGAUCAUUUACUGUCAAAUCCACCACCAGAGCCCAGGACCAGAGAUGAAUUCUUAAAAUAUUCAUGUGAACUCACACUGGAUCCAAACACAUUACACACACAGCUGUUAUUAUCUGAAGGGAACAGAAAAGCAACAAUGAAGAGAAAACAACAGUCUUAUCCUAGUCACCCAGACAGAUUCACUACAUGCUGUCAGGUCCUGAGUAAAGAGAGUCUGACUGGACGUUGUUACUGGGAGGUGGAGUGGAGCAGAGAUGGAGUUGGUGUAGCAGUUGCAUACAGGAAUAUUGGCGGAGCAGAAAGCUUGGAUGAAUCUAGAUUUGGGCUCAAUGACAAAUCUUGGGCAUUCUUUUCUUACCAAAGGUAUAAUGCAUUUUGGCACAACAAUGUCCAAACUCACGUCUCUGGUUCUCAGUGCUACCGAAUAGGAGUGUACCUGGACCACAGUGCAGGUAUUCUGUCCUUCUACAGCGUCUCUGAAACCAUGACCCUCCUCCACAGAGUCCAGACCACAUUCACUCAGCCUCUCUACGCUGGACUCUGGUUUUAUUACAUUGAUGAUACGGCUGAAUUCCGUAAACUUACAUAGAUAGAAGCCAUUUAAGAGAGAA